UUUUUACGUAGAUCAUUUCAGGAAAAAUGCAAAAAGGUAAAGAAGAAAGGUGUAGGGGAAACGCCAACUCUGUGCUGUCAAAGGAUCUCUCAAUCAUAAAUCUCACAAAUCUCCAUGGUCUUCCAUUUUUGCAACCAUCCAAACAAAACCAACAAGGCAAAAUAAGGAGAACUAAAGAGUGGUGGUGACCCACCGCCAUUGGCUUUCCUGUUCCCUUCUCAAGAAAGCUGGUUUUCUAACUGCAGAUCUUGAUUUGCCAGAAACCCAUCUCUUUUUGGAGUAUCUGUGGUCCAAUCCCCAUGGCUAGAAGGCCAGAAGAUGAGUACGAUUACUUGUUCAAGUUGGUGUUGGUUGGCGACUCUGGAGUUGGAAAAUCGAACAUCCUUUCCAGGUUCACCAGGAAUGAGUUUUCUUUGGAUUCAAAAUCCACGAUAGGCGUUGAGUUUGCAACCAGGACCAUUCAGGUUGAUGGAAAGGUCAUAAAAGCACAAAUCUGGGACACAGCUGGGCAAGAGAGAUACAGGGCUAUAACAAGUGCAUACUACCGUGGAGCAGUAGGUGCACUUCUGGUUUAUGACAUAACAAAGCCAUCAACUUUCGAGAAUGUUGGUAGGUGGCUGAAGGAGCUCCGUGAGCAUGCAGAUGCAAAUAUAGUGAUCAUGCUAAUUGGAAACAAGUCUGACCUCCACCAUUUGAGAGCUGUAUCAAUGGACGAUGGGCAGAACUACGCUCAGAAAGAAGUCUUGUCCUUCCUUGAGACCUCUGCGCUUGAUUCAACAAAUGUAGAUAAGGCAUUCCAAACAAUCCUCUCUGAGAUUCACCGGAUAGUGAGCAGGAAAUCGCUUGGUUCUGGGCAAUCAGCAGGAAAUGGCAUCAAAGAAGGGACGACUAUUCUGGUCGAUCAACCAGCUCCUGCUUCCAAGUCCUGUUGCACCUGAGAAGUGGGUCAUCUAUUUUUCGGUCUGUUUGGUGUCUGGUUAUAUUGGUGAGAUUGCUUGCAGUCUAGGAUACGUUGAAUUGUUAAAAGUAUGUUCCCUGUUUUUGUUUCAAUAUCAGUCAAUAUUUGUUAUAUUCUCUUCAUCAGACGGUUCGACAUUAUCUAUUGAAUUUCAUUUUUUUGUGCCCUCUCUC